UUUGCGCUGCGCAAUCUCGCUCGGGUUCUCGGCUCUCGCAGAGUGCGGACCCUCCAGUCAUGUGGCUCACACCCAUUCUCGUCGGCACUUUCCUGCUCUCCAGCCCUGUGCGCGGGAGCGACGGCUCGGCUUCCACUGCUAUCACAUGUUUUACAAGAGGACUUGACCUUAGAAAGGAGACAGAAGAUGUCCUUUGCCCAGCAAACUGUCCUUUGUGGCAAUUUUAUGUUUUUGGAGAUGGAGUUUAUGCCUCUCUUUCCAGUAUCUGUGGAGCUGCUAUACACAGCGGGGUGAUCACCAGUGCAGGAGGAGCUGUAAGGGUGCAGACUCUUCCAGGACAAGAGAACUACCCUGCUGUAAAUGCUAAUGGGAUCCAGUCUCAGGUACUCUCUAGAUGGGCUUCAUCUUUCUCUGUGACUGGUGCCAAGAACACAGCACUCGAAGCAGUUGGGCGAUCCGUAUCAACAGCACAUCCUGCUACAGGUAAAAGACCUAAGAAGCUACUUGAUAAAAAGGCUGGAAACAAAGACUGUAAAGCUGAUAUUGCAUUUCUCAUUGAUGGAAGUUACAACAUUGGCCAACGCAGAUUUAAUUUGCAGAAAAACUUUGUUGGAAAAGUAGCCAUGAUGUUGGGGAUUGGCACAGAAGGGCCUCAUGUUGGAGUUGUACAAGCCAGUGAAUCUCCAAAAAUUGAAUUUUAUCUGAAAAAUUUCACUGCUGCGAAAGAAGUUUUGUUUGCCAUAAAGGAACUUGGCUUCAGAGGAGGCAAUUCUAACACAGGGAAAGCUUUGAAGCACACAGCUCAGAAAUUCUUCUCUUCAGAAAGUGGAGCACGCAAAGGAAUUCCCAAGAUCAUUGUAGUGUUCUUAGAUGGCUGGCCCUCAGAUGAUAUAGAAGAAGCUGGCAUAGUGGCCAGAGAAUUUGGAGUCAAUGUAUUCAUUGUAUCUGUAGCAAAACCCACCACAGAGGAGCUGGGAAUGGUGCAAGACAUUGGUUUUGUUGACAAAGCUGUCUGUCGAAAUAAUGGCUUCUUCUCUUACCAAAUGCCCACCUGGUUUGGUACCACCAAAUACGUUAAGCCUCUUGUCCAAAAGCUGUGCUCACAUGAGCAGAUGCUGUGUAGCAAGACAUGCUACAACUCUGUCAACAUUGGCUUCUUGAUAGAUGGUUCCAGCAGCAUUGGAGAUAGCAACUUCCGCCUUGUGCUGGAAUUCAUUGGUAAUGUUGCAAAGGCUUUUGAGAUCUCUGACAUCGGCUCCAAGGUUGCAGCUGUGCAGUUCACGUACGACCAGCGUACUGAGUUCAGCUUCACAGACUACACCACAAAAGAAAAGGUCCUCCUGGCUAUCCGGAACAUUCGCUACAUGAGUGGCGGCACUGCUACUGGUGAUGCCAUUUCCUUCACAACCAGAAACGUGUUUGGGCCAAUGAAAGACAGUCCUAACAAAAAUUUCCUGGUUGUUUUGACUGAUGGUCAGUCUUAUGAUGAUGUUAGAGGACCUGCUGCUGCUGCACAGAAAGCAGGAAUAACAGUCUUCUCUGUUGGUGUUGCUUGGGCACCUCUGGAUGAUCUGAAAGACAUGGCAUCUGAACCCAAAGAAUCUCAUACUUUCUUCACUAGGGAGUUCACAGGAUUGGAACAGAUGGUCCCUGAUAUUAUUAGAGGCAUCUGUAAAGAUUUUUUGGAAUCUAAACAAUAAAGAAAAUCUGCAGUUGACUAUCACUACUUUGAAACUAAACAUCUGAAAACUGAAAUGGUCCUUCUAAAAUACAAAUGUUUUAUCCUUGUAUAUGCUAUCAUAAGGAAAGAAGAAAGGCUAAUAUUUGUUUCUGUAGUCAGUCAAGGAUUCUUGUGAGCUUGUCAGAAGUUGUAUAGGGAUGCAGAAUUUGGCCUUUGCAGUAUGUAUAUAGCAUCCCCCAGUGCAAGACAUGUCUUGCACUUAAGGCUAUCAGGUAUCAGCAGACGAAAUAACACAGCUCCAACAUUUUUGCUGUCACUUGCUAGAUGUCAUCUUAUGAGUUAAAAAUAAUAUUUUUAAUACAUGGUCUUGCUCUCUUCCAUAAGCCUUCAAUAGCUUGCAGAUUAGAUUCCAUAUCUUUGAAGUUCUGCUGAGAGCAUGGAGUACUUAUAAUGCUCCUGUUGCACAACAUCUUUUUUGCAAGGUAGUUUAAGAAAAGAUGUGACAGAUUGUAGUGAGGUUUUGGUGUUGUGAAGGAUAGCGCCAGGUGGGUGGCAGAGUUUAUGAUAAAAGACAUUUAAAUUCUAACAACAGAUUUCUGCUGUUUAAUUCCUUCAGCAUGAAUUUUGAAAGGCAGGGUAGUUCUGAGGAUUUGGAUCCUCACAUAUCAGCUGAUACUACUGUUUCCUACACCACUGCAGUCAACAGUGAUGUACCUGGAUGCAUCUGCUAACCAGAUUUUUUUUUUCCUGUCUUUGCUGUAUACUGUCUUGGGUUUUUUUACCAAGAUGUUAGUGACUACACAGCUAGAGACUUGGGUACAGAUUAGAUCAUAUACUGGGAAUUGAAAACAUUCAAAUUCAAAUGUACUUCAAGCAUGUGAAAACUAACUGAUUUAUAUCAGGUUGCAUGGUCACAAAAAAGGAGAGCAGGCAGCCACAAGUGAGAUGCAAUAGUUCCUGAAAGAACAACUUCAACUUCCUCAUGGUUGUCAAAACAUCUUUAAAGAAGAAAAGUUUUCCUGAAAAAAGGCUUUAAUUUGAUUACAUACCUAAGACUGUGCUGAUAUAUUCAUGCCUACAUGCAUGUGGUUUAAAAUGAUGCAGUAUUCACAGAUUUAUUCCAGAUUCCUAGUCUACUUAUUCAUCAGAAAACUAAGUGUUUUGCAAGUAAAGUAUACAGCAGAGAAACAAAACAGCACUUUCUACCAAUCUAGUGUUUCCUUUUUCCCUUCCUCCCUGCUAUUGAUGGUAAAAUUCAUAGUAACUGGGGAAUGGUAUAGAAGGGAUUGCAUUCAUUGGGUUUUUGUUGUGCAUUUUUUAACUUAUGGCUGGCUCUGUAUUACACUAAACAUGAAUGCCAAAGAUGCCCUGUAUUUUUCUAUUAAUUGUUUUUCUUAAUUUUGUUAUGUGUUGAUGAAAAAAGUAUUCAGCCUAUCGCUGUAUAAAUUCAUAUGCAAUAUCAACCUUGUCCAAAAGUUGAAUUCAUUUAGUUUAUAAACUUUUUCUAGAAAUACAUAUUGCAAGAAAAUGAGGACUGCUGUUUUAAUACCCUGUAACAUAAGUGUCUUUUAAAAUGAACCUCAUGGAUUAGAGCUCGAGUAAAGUGCACGUGAUGCUUCCUGUCUGUAUGACCUUAAAUUCCAAUUUACAGAAGAAAAAGUCCUAAAUCAGUCUUAAAGGACAACAAUACUACUUUCUCAAAUAUUUUAAGUGGAAUGAGUUGCGAUUAAGGUUUUAAUUAU